AUGUUUCCCUUCAAAAACAUCUUCCAAUGGCUCAAAGGGCUUUCCGUUCCCAAGUCUCAUACCAAGGAAGCCCAACCACAUCCCGUCGCAAGCUUCCAGACUCUUGAAUUUAUCACAAAGGUAAACGCAAACCCCAACCCCCUCCUGAACUCCCAAGUUGAGAAUCACGCUAACAACAAUGCCGAAGGCAUCGUGACGGAGAAUUUCUGGCCUAAUAUCCGGAAGCAUAUCCUCGCCGAUGACCCCAACGCUAAACCCAUGAAAGCUAUUUGUGCCAUCUGCUGGAACGAGCUACACGUAGAAUGCAUCUCUCACCCCAAUGAUAAGCUCGACAUCGCUCUUGUGGCUCCCUGUGGACACAUCAUGUGUCCUAAAUGCUGGCCACGCCAGGUCUUCGACUACUACGCCGUAGACUUCGUUGCAAAGAGAAAGUGCCCUAUUUGCAGGACUGGACUUGAAUGUGUUGCUUGCAAAAGGACUUGCAAUAAGGAGAUGAUCCCCACGUAUGGCGGGAAAGCGAGUAUCGAGUCUUUUCCCGAGACUGCUCCAGAGUGUGGACGAGAGUACCGUCCUUGCUGUAAGGACUGUGCUGAGAUUCUUGAUCGGCAAGCGGAUGGCUUUUGGUUUGAGAAUGUUGAGGAGCGGGAGAACUUGGAUAGCUCCUGA